AUGGCCCACUGCGAGCGAGCUUCCAAGCCGCUGCUUCAAUGCCUGCGCAAAUCCUACACUAAAAGCCUUCCGGUCAUCCAAAAGCAGGCACGUGGCUUCCAGUCCACGGCCACUGUCGGAGAAGCUCAAGAAGAGAGCCUACCAUUCCACAAGUCUCCAGAUCCAGCCCUUGUGUCGAGUCCCCGAUUGGAGAGACGCUUGAUGCGCCAGGGAACCACCCCAAUUGGAUCCCGUCGUCGCCGUGCUGCCCUACAGGAUUCUCCCAACCUCCCAUUCGAGCAGUUACCCUACCAAUGUUUCCAGGAAGCACGACAAGUGCUCCUUGCUGAUCGUACAGAGAAGCUGAAGGAGAUUGAUUCCAUGCGUCAAAAGAUUGCGAAUGUAGUCGCCCAAACCCCCAAAGACGCUGCCGGGAAGCAAUCACAGAAGUCCCGAGUGACCGCAAUGCAGUUGCAUUUGGAGCGACUCAAGAUUUUGGCCGAUAUUAACGAUCCAUUAGUGAAGAGGAAGUUUGAAGAUGGCCUGGGCGACAUGAGCAAGCCCAUUUACCGCUACCUGGCUGACCGUAAAUGGCGGGAAAUGCGCCGUAAGAUUCUGGUGCAGCGUAUCACACAGAUGAACCUCGUUCCCGAUGUCCUGCCUCAUUGCGAUCCUACUGUUGAUACCAAGCUGUAUUUCGGAAAGCGACAGAUCCAGCCCGGAGACUUUGUGCUGUCGAAGGACAGUGCCACCGCGCCCAAGCUGGAUGUGCAGCUGUUUGAAGCUGGGGAGAAAUUGGUGACAAUUGCAGUCGUCGAUCCAGAUGUUCCUAAUGUUGAGACAGACAGCUUCGACUAUAAGGCGCAUUUCCUCGCCGUCAAUGUUCCCCUUUCGGCCAUUAAUACCAAGGUCGAUCUCUCUCAGCUUUCGGCAGACUCCCAGGUUGUUCUCUCCUGGCUGCCACCCGUCGCUCAGAAGGGUAGCCCGUACCACCGUCUGGCUGUCUUCAUCAUGGAACAGAAGGACUCUCAGUCGCUUGACUUUGCUGCUGUCAAGGCCAAGGAGACUGAGCGGGAAACGACCCUGCUCCGCUCUCUCCAGGCCCGUUAUCACCUCAAGGCCAUCGGUGCACACCUGUUCCGUACCCAGUGGGACGAGACCACCCUGGAGGUUAUGAAGGAGAUUGGCUUCGAGGGAGCCGAAUUGGAGCUGCGUCGGAAGAAGGUCGAGCCUCUUCCUUACAAGAGGAGAAACCCCUCCAGCUUCCGUUAA